AUGCCCGACUCUGGAAGCGACAGCCCCGAAGCUGGACCAAAGGGAGGCUUUCCAACUCCAGUGAGGCGAUUCACAUCAGAUAUCGACACACGAUGGGGUGAUCUCCUACUUCUCGUCUGCUUCUUUAUAGCUGGUCUCGUUGACAGCGCUGCCUUCAACAUGUAUGGCUGUUUCGUCAGGAACACAAUCUUUGUUGGCCUGGGUGUCAGCCAUCAACCUGAAAACCUCCCUGGAAAAGCUUGGUCACGCUGUUUGGUCGCCAUCGUCUGUUUCGGUGUAGGAGCUCUCUUUUUCUCCACCGUCCAUCGCCACUUCGGUCCUCAAAAGCGCUGGGUUCUCAUGCUAUCAUUCUUCAUCCAAGCUAUGCUCACGGGUCUGGUCGCUCUCCUCGCUACUACAGGCGCCGUGUGGAACAACCCCCACGGUCGAAGCACCACCCACGAAGGUGACUGGAUCAUCGAAAGGGUGCAAAACUCCUUCCCAGCAUCCGACUACGCCGCUAUCGCCAUCCUCGCAUUCCAGAGUGCUGGCCAAAUUGUUGCCAGUCGAGCCCUCAAGUACAACUCUAUGCCCACGGUUGUAUUGACAAGUUUGUACUGCGAUAUGAUGAGCGACGCAAAACUUUUUACUGCGCCCAUCACCGACAAUGCUGAUCGUAACCGAAGGGCUGUUGGAGCCGUUCUUCUCUUCCUCGGUGCUGUUUGUGGUGGUUUCUUGUCCAAGUCUUGGGUCGGUUUUGCUGGUGCUCUUUGGAUUGCCGCGUUUCUCAAGUUGUGCAUUACUUUCGCUUGGGUACUUUGGAAGGCCAAGCCUGCCAACAAGUAA